AUGAUUCCAAAAGAAAAAACAGGUACACCAGGAAGUGGGCAUAGCAUGAGUUCAUCAAGAGCAAGAUUUGGAGCUCUAAGAGCCAUCUGGGUGUUUGGAAAAUUGACUCUUUUCAGAAGAGGCAUUGCCCUCUCAGCAGUAUCGUACCUAGGUUAUGAAGCUUUCAACUUGAUUUCUCACUCUGCUGUGGUUCAUGCUAGUAUCAAAGUUGAGGAAACCAUAGAGCAAGCAGACUACCUCUAUGGGAGUGGAGAAACCAAAAAGCUUUAUCAAUUGCUGAUCCAGCACAAAACCAGUGAGGAUGCGGAGAUACUAUGGAGGCUAGCACGGGCCUCACGUGAUCUAGCCCAACUUAGUAGCACCACUGCAGAGGAGAAAAAGCAACUGGUUUAUGAAGCUCUUGAAUAUGCAAAGAAGGCACUAGAAAAAAAUGAGUCAAGUUUUGCAGUACACAAGUGGUAUGCAAUCUGCAUCAGUGAUGUUGGUGAUUAUGAAGGAAUCAAGACUAAAAUUGCAAAUGCAUAUGUUAUCAAGGAACACUUCCAGAAGGCCAUUGAACUGAAUCCUAAAGAUGCUACCUCAAUUCAUCUUAUGGGCAUUUGGUGUUACUCAUUUGCUGAAAUGCCAUGGUACCAGAGCAAAAUAGCUGCAGUACUGUUUGCAACACCACCAAGCUCCACCUAUGAAGAGGCUCUAAGAUACUUUCACAAGGCUGAAGAAGCUGAUCCAAACUUCUACAGCAAAAAUUUGCUGCUUUUAGGGAAGACAUACAUGAAGUUAAACAACAAAAAGAUGGCUCUUUUGUGGCUAACAAAAGCCAAAGAUUAUCCAGCACAUACAGAGGAGGAUAAACAGGUACAAAAAGAAGCUGUGGAACUACUCAAUUCUAUAUGAGUUAAACUAUUAAGAAGAAAUAUUACUGUGACUGAAGCACAAGCCAAAAUACUCGGCUGUUAUUAAAAUUAAUGUGACCAUUCAACUGUAUUUUUAAUAAAGCUACUGUCAGCUACUUGAUACAAAAGUAGUAUGAUUAUCCCUAGAUUACAGGUGGGGAUGCUGAGGAAAGAGGGAAAGUGACUUGCUCAAGGUCGUCCAGGAACAGAACCCAGCUUCCUUGAGGCCCAGGUCAGUGCUCUAUCCUCUAGGCCAGUAGUGCCCAGGGCUGGGAAAAUUUUGGUUGAGCCACAAAAAAAAAAAAAAAAAAAAGCACAUGGGAAACACUUUGUUGCUGCCCCUUUAAUUUAAAGCACCUGCCAUUCCCCCCUGCCCCUGUCAGGCACUGAGCCAGGAAAACAAAGUGGCACACAGCCCAGCACUACAACCCCCAGGAAGAUGACGGUGACUCCCAAGGGGGUUGUGAUUCACAGGUUGCACAUUGCUGCUCUAGGCACAGCCACAGGUUGGAAAACCCAUUAAAGGAUGUUCUCUGAUAGUAGGACUCUAAUCCAAAGAGGGUUUUAUUCAACUAAUUGUCAUAGGGAAACAUCAAAUAUUACAUAUAAUGAUUGUUUGGGGCCAAGGUGUAGGAGAAUCCUUCACCAGGUGCUGAAGGUUUUAGAGAUGAUAAUGCUAAAUCGAUUAAAGAAAUAUUCUAAUACUAUUCAUAUAUUCAGUCUUCCUGGCUAUUUGUACACAAUUGCUAAGGUCCCUCUUACUUACUGCUGGUAGGACCCUCCCAGGUGAUCAUGGUCCUGCUUCCUAGAGCCUCUUGUCUACUUGUAACUCUUCCUCACCCCACCAAGAAGCAUAGGGAUCUGAGAGGAAAAGAGUGACCAAGAUGCCAACAGGAGUUUGCUGGCACAGAAAGGAAGGUUGAUAUUUUCACAGGAAGGAAAAAAAAGGAUCAGAACGAUUUGCAGAAAGUCACAUUGAUUCUAUUGUUUCCUUUCUCCUCUGCUUGAAAUCUUUUGGCAGCUUUUCUUUUCUCACAGGUCCUCUUCCAAAUUUAAUCUCCUGCCUCCUACACAGUACUGCAUAAUGCAGGACAAUUGAGCUCUAAGCACACUGAAUGGUGCUUUUGCCAAACUGAAGAAGUGAGUUGCACUCACGAAAGCUCAUGAUAUCUAAAUCUAUUCUUUAUAAGUUGCCUUCAAAUAAUACUACCUGAGUGCCUGCUCUUAUACUGGCUAAAGGCUUUCCGGUAAUGGUGUUUUUAAACUGAACUUGUUCUUGGAGGUGGUCAACAUUUGUCUUUACUCCUUUUUUUACUAUGAUAAAUUAUCACAUUUGGUUGGGAGAAGGGAGGCCUUGAUGUCUUAUCAAUCAUCCCUAUUAUGUGUAAUCUUGGUGGAGGCUUAUUCUCUUCUUCAGUGAAGAUUAUUGGCUUAGAGUAAUACCACUGUCAAAGUAAUAAAAAAGGUACAUUUUGUGAUGUGCUGUCUUUGCUUUUUAAUGUCAUCUUCACUUAUAGAUUCUUUGGAUUCAGAAUUUGCAGUAGGUCAGAGUAUUCUUUAGGGUAAAUAAAUAAGGCUCAACUUUACUAUACAGUAGUUAGCUUUUAGACAUCAUUUAGGCAAACCAUAUAUACUUAGUUCUCCAAUAGUUUUUCUCUUCAAUUUAAUUGGAUAAAUCAAUAAUUACAGUGAACUCAACCAUUUAAUUUAAUGUACCAUAUCAUUCAUGAAAGUAGCUCAGUUACUUUGAGCAGCAUGGCAGAGUAAUUAAAGUGGUGAAAAAAUAUUGAUGCAUUUAGGCAUAGUAAAUAAUAUGAUAGAAGAACAUUAAGCCAAUCAGAUCACAGCUUUUAUCAAAGCCAUUUACAAGUUAACAGCUUCCCAGUAAAUUGUGCAUUUUGAAUGACAAAGCAUAACACAAUCCAAUAUAUAGAAAAAUAAAAUUUUGGUAGAAUUGCUAUAUUGAUAACAUACAAGAACAGAUAUAGCAAUAUUUUUCUGCAUUUACGCUUUUAACAGUGCAAUAUGAUAGAUAUGUUACAGAAAUGUUUUAAUCACAUUCUAAAAUCAGUUGUGUGUACAAAAUUAUGUAUAAGUUAAAUUUAAUGGAAUUUACAGUGAAUAUUGAAAGCAUGAUACAAAUGGUACUUUUUAAAAUGUUCUUACUCUAUAAUAAGGAAGCACUGUUUGCUAAAAGUAGCAUUUAAUAUAAUUCACAUCAGUAAGAUUUUAUAAUUUGUUACAUCUUUGCAGUUCAGCAAAUGUCCCCAAUACUGGAAAAAAUAAAUCAUUUUAUGUUACUGUGCAUUUAGGACAAAAAACUUUUGCCUAUGAAAAAGAUUGACAAGAUAUAGGCAUAUUUAUUUCAUUCAGAUACACCUGAAUUUUUACAUGAACUUAAAAGGGAUGAAAAUAUUUAAUAGAAAAUUAUUAGUUUAAUGUGCAAAGCUUAUGUAACUGUUGUUCCAUUUGGGUUCUCUAGAUCCAUAAACAAAACUGAACAUAAAAGCAGCAGAAAUUCACAUUACCUUUCAUGUAUUCUUAAAUCUCAAAUUACAUUAGUUUACAUCAUGAAAUUGUAAAAUACACAGAUUUAAAAAAAACCUGUAAGACACCAGACCAAGAGAGAAUGUGUUAAGAGUUUCUCUUUUAUUCUUUAAAGAUUACCUAACAUCGUCUUGGUAAUAACCCAAGAUAUUAUGUAAACAAAUUUCAAUGCUGCUCAUGAAUUAAAAUGUUCUGUUCAGUUCCUACAAUACGUCAGAAGAGUGGCACCAAUUGCUUUUAAUAUUAAUCACAUUCAUCUUACUGUACAUGACUCUUGUGCAAGUAAUCAAGGUUUUACUCAUGACCUUGGCUACAUCAGUGUAGUAGUGAGGAUAUCAGCUCUUGUAUGUAUUUAAAAAAAAAAAAAAAAAA